AUGGCUGAAGCACCACCAUCGUAUUUGGACGCAACUAAAGAGGUUCAUCGUUAUGAUCAACCACCAUCACCAAUGGCGACGACACAAAUCGUUUCGCAGCAAACCCUCGAUCCAGUGACACUCGAAGCUGUAAGACGGGCACAAAACGAACAACAACAGCAACAGGGGCCUCCAAGAGUGAUCGUUGUGAAUAGAGUGGUUGAAGUCCCGGCAAAUCGCUGUAGCCGUCCUCGAAUCAUCUUUUGGACGGCUUUUGUUAUCAUAAAAAUUAUCAUAAUUAUCGUGGCCAUUAGCAUUAUCGCGAAUAAUUCU